GUUAUCAUCAUGCUGCGAGCGCUGCUAUAGUUAUUCUGCGGCAUCAAAGCAGCGCGUUUUUUGAAUAAGGGACAAGGCUCCGAGCGGCACGUCCGCGCCGAAACGUUUCAGCAAGAAUGGCGACCGAGGCUCAAAUCAAGUUGAAGGACCACAUAAGUCACAUCCCGAAGGUUGUAACACAGCACGGGAUAUUCCUUUCAACGAAAGAUGCGCCUGUUAUCGCCGCAAAACCCGGGCAAGGUCUCUACGACAGGGAUGGCUUUUACACGACAGAAGUCAAGCUCUCAGAGUAUUUCUCGUCUUUCACGGAUGCAUCAAUCAAGCGCUUUUAACUUGUUCACUUCGCAAUGCUUGAAAAUGCUUUCCGUGAUGGCAUAGUUCAUGUCCAUGUGGCCAGGAAAAUACUUGAAACAAAUCACAUGCAGGAAGAACUUCAUCCAGCACCAACUAAAGGACGGGAAUGAGUAUGACAUCCAGUAUAACAAGACCGUCAAGUCAAAGGACUACACCAACCCACAGAAGCCGCUUAUUCCAGCAGCUUUGCUAGUACUUACUUACUUUAACUUUUACAAUUUUAUCGCUCGCCUCGAGAAGCGCAAGCGGAAUUGUAUCUUUAUGUUGGCAGCUGCUUUUAUUUUGUCUUCCACCUCGUAAGUAUGUUCUUAUUUACCCUGCAGGUGCACCAAAAGAAACCCGGAGAGGAGGAGGAGAAGCCAAAAGGUCCGACCUUCGAAGCAAACUGGGAACAGAAACUCAGCUCUACGCUGAGCAAGGUACGAAUUUUCUUGUGGUUUUAACGAGCUAGGUCAAAAGCGAUCACCGUUUUCUCUUUAUUUCACGUCCUGUCCUUCUCCUUGGGACGCUCAACUUUGAUGCUAUUGGAAAAGCGCACUCCACUGCGGCCCUCAUGUCGUGUGCUGUCAUCAAAUAUAUCUCCAAAAUAAAAUCGAUGAAUGAUGUCGCUUUUCGACGGGACACACACUCCACCUCCAGGCGCCAACAGAAGCAACGGCAGGACUGUCAGGGGGAGCGAGUGGUCCAUCACGAACAGGAGCUGCAAUAUGGUCGUCGACUUACAGGGAGACAACCAACAAGGACGGCUAUGCGGUAUCACUUUUCCUGAAUGUCGGCUGUGUGCAUUACGUGCUGUUUUUGAGUGCUAGCGCUUACAGAUAGAUUACUGGACAAGCGCAUGAGAAACUGAAAUGAUGUAUUCAAUUUCAAACGAUAACGAAAACAGUGCCCGGCAGAGUGCAAGAAUUACGUGCGCCUCCGAGGACCAAAAUUUCAAGUAGCGCACCCACCAACGUGCCUCGCCGAAGAGCCCUACACCAGUUCCUAUGCCGCAGAUUAUGGGUACUCAAUAUUCUUGUAUUAUUCAUCUCGUGAUUGGUUUUCUCUGGUUAUUUCAGCAAGAGCAAAUUGCGUUUCAGAACUAGAAAAAAAGGCGCCAAGGUCGACAAUGACAAAACGAAAACAGUGCGGCAGGAAGUAUCCCAACGGAGAAGCUUGUAAUUCCGUCCUACAACUACGAUGGCCGAAUCGCACCGAAGGAAGAUGGCCACACUCGAGUAAUAGACGAGCGCGCCGUGUUGGAGAAGACACUCAUGGCAAAAGUCGGAGACGUAGCAAAAGAAGGCCGUGUGGGAGACGAGCCAGGUAACCGGAUAUUUUUGUCGGACAUUGAUCACGGUGCGGAGAAGCUGGCAUUUCUUGUAUUUUUUUAGUAAGUAAGAAUAAGAUUUGCGUCGUUCUUCUCGUUUCCAUUGUUUUGCACCAGUAUCUGAAAAAUCCCAAGUGGAUGCAAUGAAUUUUUCACAGAUCUUCCGAAGGAGUCGAUCAACAAGUUUGUGACCCUGAAGACUGAGUUGACGCGCGGCACAACGCGAGGAACAUUCCACAUUCCGGGUUACCAAGGUACCAUGCAUAUUCAGGUUUUCACGGUUGCUUUGCAUUUUGAUUUUGGAUCUGCAUCAAGGACACCGAACCGACGAAGCAUACGUCAUUGAUCGGGAUCUUGCAUUGAUUAGAAAUGCAACUGCAUGAUAAAAAAGCAAGUGAACAACCAACAGGUUACCUUCCGAUGAACACGGCCAAUUCGCACUGCGCGAAGAUCGAGUGCGGAAUCAACGAGCGCGAAAAAUGGUACAACCUCGCUGAACAGUACCAUCUGAAUAUCCCCGGCUACACUGGCCACCUGCCGCUUUCCUCCAUUAAUGACAAGGGCUCCCGGCAAGUGGCGUCGAUGACCACCUACAACCGCGAUUACGCGCGGAGUGCCGGUAUCCAGUUGCAGAGCGAAAAGAAGUGA